AUGUACAGAAUACGACGCGGCAUUUUGAAAAAAGCCACGCUAACCCCAAAAUCCAUAUCCAGGAAUAUCUCUUUGACUAGUCAUGGAGAGCCUAUCCAGUAUGAGCAACUUUUCGAAUACACGAACGGACGAUUUCUAGUCAAUGAGAAGCACGAACUGUCAAAGCGAUAUGCCAAAUUUGAUCUCGACGCUCUCUGCACUCUAGUUUCGUCUUUGCCCUCUGUGUCUUCACCUAUAUCCAAAAUUGAUAAAUUGGAGGGUGGCUUCAACAAAGCAUUGUUGAUGACAGCUGAAAAUGGAAACGAGGUUACUACGAAGAUACCAUGUCCUAGCGUUGUGCCUGCGGAGUAUAGCACUGCAUCUGAAGCGGCUUCCUUGGAAUAUGUAAGGUCUCAUACCUCUGUUCCGGUUUCCAAAGUCCUUGCAUGGAACUCUGAUUCUUCGAAUCCCGUCGGGUCAGAGUACAUUGUGAUGGAGAAGGUAAACGGUAGACAGUUGGUUGAUGUAUGGGGUGAGAUGAACCAGCUGCAACAGUUCAAGUUGAUUCAAAAUCUGGUUCGGCUGGAGACUAAACUCGGAAGUCAAAUCAUCCCCAUAAGUGAUGAUUAUUGUAUUGGCCCUGCCUAUAAUGCGUCGUGGUUUCCACAGUUUGGCAACCAAGAUUAUGCUGGCCCAUGUUUGACAUAUCUGAGCCUUCUUCUUUCUGACCUGUGUCUUGCGCUGGCUAAUCGAGGCCUUACGCAUGCGCAACACUCGACUCUCGUUCCUCGUGGACCCCAUUUCGGUGGUCGCCUGGAACAUAUUCAACUUUUGGAAACCGCUAUGAAAAUUAUACCGAAACCAACCCUGUGGCAUGGGGACCUUCAUUUGGGCAAUAUAUUUGUUUGUAACAAAGACCCGACGAGAAUCGUUGGCAUAAUAGACUGGCAAUUUGUGUCAAUCAUGCCUGCGCUUAUGCAAGUCCAAUGGCCGUCCUUCAUUAGCCCCCCUGAAAAUUACGAGACUGGGAUUGUUAAGCCGGACCUACCGCCAAACUUUGAUGAAAUGGACUCGGACGAGAAAGUUUUUGCGAUAACGGAGAGAGAUCAAGCUCUGCUAUCAAAUUGCUACGAAGCAGCACUUGCUAAGAAUCACCUUGAGUCAUACUUGGCUUUAACUCAAGUCGACUCAGUCUCACGAGACUUAUUCUCCUUGACCGAAAACACGUGGAAGCACGGGAUAAUCCCACUCCGUGAUUCUCUAGUCCAGAUCUCCGAAAGCUGGCGCCAAAUGGGUCUCUCCGGACCUUGUCCGUGCCAGACUACAGGGGACGACUUACUAAGGCACAGGCUUGAGCUUUCUCGGUAUAAGGGUUGGCACAAGCUUAAAGCAUACACACAGGAAUUGUUGCAUUCAGAUGAUGAUGGCGGCUGGGUGCCGCCCCAUCUUGACUUUAACAAAGUGCAGGCGAGACAGAGCGAGCUAAGAAGAAGAAGAAGAAGAAGAAGAAGAAGAAGAAGAAGAAGAAGCAAAGAAGCAAAGAAGCUUUGGUUUUAUAUUGACAGAGUGUGA